ACGUGUUAAACGUUUCUGUUGCCAUAAAGAGCCCGCUUUACCUGUCGCAUGCUCAGGUCGAUCUGGUUGCCAGUCUCGUUUCAGCCUUUUCCGUCGGUCUUGCAGAGUACCGGAGAGCCCCUCUGAUUGGCUGCACGGGGAACCGAGCUCUUUCUGCCCACCCACCGCUGAUUAUAGGAACUCUUGUUGUCUCCUUCCUCCUUUGCAUUGAGUCUGGGACCUGGUCCGGGGGCUGAACGGCACACACAGAGCGCGCAUCAUGGCAGCUACCCACAACGAGUACAGAGGCUACCUGCGGAACAAUGUUCAUAUCGAGGCAGGGCAGCACCGCUUCCACCCGGUGCAGAGCUCGGAGCCCACUUACCGGCCGCUCCUGUUCGGGACCCUGGCUGUUAUGGGAUUGCUUCAGGUGGCUUCUAGCGUGGCUAUCUUGUUACACCUGACAGGUUAUCUGCAGGAGGUAGAUUUGUCCGCGGCCCCAAAUCGGCCUAUUGAGGAGGUGCAGACGGAGCCGGUGCUGAACGCUCUGAGAGACACCAGGAAAAACAGGCGGUGCAAAACUCCCAAAGAGAGCCUGCCAUCAGCUCAUCUCCCGAUCAGAGCGUAUCAGGAGUACUCUAAGAAGGGUGAGCCGAGGGCCAUCACCAUUGACUGGGACGAGACGCACGGGUACCACCACAGGAUGGGCUACCAGAAGGGCAAACUGCUGGUGAUGGAGUCAGGUUUCUACUAUGUUUACGCCAAGACCUGCUUCCGCUACUACAAGUACGAGCCAGAGGACAGCGGUCAGGCUGUGGAUGUUAGCAACACCCAGCUCAUCCAGUAUGUCUACCACGAGAGCAUCAAACAGAACAGCAAGGCUGUAGUUCUGAUGAAGACGGGCAGCACCAUGCGCUGGAACAACACGAGCUAUAACAUGUACUGCGCCCAGCAGGGCCGAGGAGUGCGGCUGGAGGAGGGAGACGCCUUGUUUGUCAACGUGUCCAAUGCUUGGAUGCUGGACCCGGAGGGAGAAGGGACGUAUUUUGGGGCCAUAAAGUUGGGUAACUGAAAUUUAAACACGUGGGGAGCGGACAUGCUACUGAACAUUUGAUAUGCCAAAGAACCACUGUUAGUCAUUUACAAUGUUGGUUUGUCAAAACGUCUGUUUUUUUAUUGUACAUGUGUUUAUUGUUUGUUUGUUUUUUUUACAUUGCUCUUCACCAAGUAACCCUGGAGUCCUUAACAAGAAAACUAAUGGAAAAGGUAAUCACCUUUUUAAAAACGUGUCUUGCCACUUAGCCAGCCGCCCUCCACCCCUCCUCCCGCCCCCAUGAAAUGAGACACACAGCUCUCAACUUCAUCCAAAAUAGCACUGGACGUUUUUUGUUUUUUUUUUUUAGAUUUUUUCUGACAGUACUGCGGUUUGUAUUGGGAAAUUUCAAUACAUUUCAGUUAAGAUUACAACAUGUGUUUGUGCUCUAAUUAAACAAACCACACGGGAGCAACUAAGGAAGUAAGUUUGUUGGCAGGAUGUGCAGUAAGAAAGGAUUUAUCAGUGUUUAUUGUUGGAAAAAAUGUCCAACAGGAACACCGUAACUGAUGGAGCAUAUGCUUAUACUUAGCAGAUUAUCACAGGAUAAAAAUAACAAAGACUUCCAGGCCUGUCUCUGACCCACGGCAGCGAAUGCACAAAUGUUUUCCUGAAAGGUUUUGUAAGUGUGAACAUGGCAGGCAAUGAGGCGUCCUCACAGUAAGUAACUCAACGGCAUCAUUUGGAAUAAGCGGCUAGAUGGUGAUUUAUGGCACCCUUAAAAUCUCUAAGGCACCCUUAAAACAUAAUGUGGAAGAUUCACUUUGACUCUGACAUUGUUUUUCUAAAGAACUCAGUCAGUUUAAAGCGAAGGUUUUAUGUUUGUGCUCCAAAGACUCGUGUGUUAUCCAGUUUUCUGUCUCUAACGAGUGGCCUGCUUCAUUGAAGACAAUUACAUGACAAUGUCAUUUUAAACUAAGGAGGAAAUGACAUGUAUUUGUUAUGUUUAUGACAAUCAACAAGCGAUGCAGAUAGCUGGACUGUCUGACCAUUAAUGACAUGAAUAGACUCUUGUCUUCUUUAACUAGAGGAACCAAAUUGACUUUGGUUCAUCGUUAACUUAAAUUCUGUUUUUCAUUUGGCUCUUUAGUGAGGUAAAUGGGAAUAUGCACUAAAUAUUUAUUUAUUAGCUAUAGAAUUACAGCGACAGGUCAUUGUUAAAGUGACCUUUCAGCUGUAAAAAUCAUUUAUAUUUUAUGUCUGUAUGACAUUCAUUACUCAGCACUUAAAGGAAAUUGUAGACACGCUUUUUCUUAUUAAAACACAGGGGCUUCAUUUUAAAUUCCAUAUUUAUGUAUCUUGAUUUCGACAAUUCUGUGUGCACUUGCCUAGCCAAAAGCAAUAUGGAUUUAUUGUUUCUUCUCCAAAGUUGUAGCAUACCUGUAAGAUCUUCAUCUGAUUUCGUCCGAUAGAUUUUUUUUUUUCCAUUCAGUGUUCUUUUUAUUUAUGUUUGUGUACGUUUUAAUAAAACAAACUACUUUUGUAACUGUG